AUGGAAGAAUAUAAUGAAGGUGACGAAGAUUGCUAAAUCGAAUAAGAAACGUUUAGCUAAUAGGAAUCUAAAUAUGAAAAAAACUAAGAAGAAAAUUCAAGUGGAGGUAUAUAAUCUUCAUCUUAAGAAUCUUCUAAUAUAAUUUAAAGUAAUAAUAAUAAAAGUGAAUAUGAUGAUAACAAACGCUUAAGGGUUUAGACAGCUCCUGCUAGACCUUUGACUGAUUUCGAAGAAUUUAAGAGAAGUUAUUAAUUCCUUAGUUUAGAAAAAAUAAUUAUGAUUUAAUAAAAAUUAAUACAAAUUGAUUAUUAAAAAUAUGAUUUGGAUUCUACUGAAGGAUAAAAAACUUUUAAAAAAUAUUUAAAGAAUAUUGAAAAAUUUAUAAAAGUAUUUUCAAUAUGUCUAUAUUAUUUUUUUAUUAUUAAAAAUUAAAAAAAGGAUUCUGGAUGCUAAAUAAGUUGUAGAAAAUAUAGGGAAAAAUUUUCUAAAGCAUAUAAAAUAUUAUACAAAGAAGAAGAAUUAAGUUAUUUAACUGAGAUUUUCGAUAGUGCUUAAGAAGGUUUUCCUCAUUUAUAUGUUAAUGGUGAAAAAUAUUCAUUUUCAUAAGAAGUACUUGAAUACGGGAAAUAAGUUUUAGUGAGUUUUUACAAAAUGUAAAAUUAAAUAAGGAUCGUAUACUAGAAUACAUGUUAAGGUUAAAUUGUAGACUCGAGUUGUGAAGAAAUGAAGAAAUAAUUAAAAGAAAGUUUAGAAAAAUUUGAUAAAAACUGGACUUUAUUUGAAAAAAUGUACGUAAAUGAACUAAUGGUAAUAGAAACUGAAGCUCGUAGAUAUGUUCAAAAUGCAAUAAAUAUCUAAAAAGAGCUAGAAUCUCUUGAAAUAAGGGAAAAAAUUAAAGGGAAAUUUUUUAUAUAUAACCCUGAAUAUAUAAAACUUUAAUAAAAUUUAUGUAAAUAAAUCUGUUUAAUGAAUUCAGUGGCUAAUUUAGAAGGAAAAGGAAGAGACGAUCUAGAUUUUGAAAUUUUAUAAUAAGCCGAAGGAAUAUUAAGAAAAGUCACGAAUGAAUAAUCGAGAGCUGUUAGGAGCCUUGCGGAAUAAAUCAAAGCUAACUUUAAAAAUUUGAGGAGUUUGUUUAAAAAAUAUGAAGAUAAUAUUGAAAUGGUUGACCCUUAAUUAAAAAAUAAUAGUGAAUUAGUUGAAGCUCUUAAUAAAUACGAAGACUCUUGGGAAAAAGGUAAAGAUUAUUUUUUAGAAGGAAAAAAGUGUUCAUUUUUAAUUUAUUUUUCUCAUAUUAUUGAAGCUACGGGUUAAAAAUAUAAGGAAUUUUAAGAAUAAAUAGAAUGUAGAGAUGCUGAUAUAUUUUUGAAUAUUCCUUGUUUACUUGUUUUGAAAUUACUUGAUAAGGAUGACAAGAAUAUAUGUAAUUAUUUUUUACCCUAGAUGUUUAAUAAAGAUCAUAAAUUAAAUUUGAUUUAUUAAGAAUUGGAUAAUGAAUUUUAGGAAUGGAAGAAACAAUAUAAAAAUAAUUACUUUUAUUAUAAUUUUUUGGAAAAAAAACUACUUAAUAUUGAUAUUAGUGAAAUCGAUAAAAUCAUUAUUGAAUAACUAUAGUAAACUAAUAAAAUUGUGCACAAAAUUAAAUAAUUGGCUAUUGAAAUUUAAAGAAACAAUCCUAUGGAAUGGAAUAAGUUUAUUGAUGUAGCUUUAAGUUAAUGA